AUGGGCUCGAUUUCUCCGAAAAGCGAGACAAUUCUCAUCACGGGCAUCUCAGGCUUCGUGGCUUCUUGGAUUGCACAUUCAUUUCUGGAUGCUGGAUACAGUGUCCGCGGGACCGUUCGAUCUGAGCGUUCCAUCGAUCAUGUCAAGAAGGCACACGCAAAACAUGUUGAUCAAUUGUCGUUCGUCGACGUUCCAGACAUGGCGGCUUCAGACGCCCUGAACGAAGCCGUUAAAGGGGUGGCAGGUGUCAUCCACACGGCCAACCCCUUCAUCCUUGCUCCCAAAGACAACGAGGAAGAGCUUCUGAAGCCAUCAAUUUCCGGAGUCUUGAAUGUUCUCAAAGCCGCCGCCAAUGAGGGUCCAGCGCUGCGCCGUGUUGUUUUGACCGCUUCUUUUGCUUGUAUCCUGGAUCUUAACAAAGGUGUUCGUCCUGGCUUCACGUACGACGAGUCAAAUUGGAACCCUGCAACGUACGAGGAAGCUAAAGCUUCGUCCAACGGGGGUUUCACCUAUUGUGCGGCAAAAGCUCUGGCGGAGAAGGCAGCUUGGGACUGGAUUGAGACAAACAAGCCGUCUUUCUCGUUCACCUCCAUCAAUCCACCCUGGAUCUUCGGUCCGACUCUUGGCGGAGUCAAAUCCCUUGAGCACCUGAAUGAAUCGACAGAGGCAAUUUGGAAGCUCGUGAACGGGUCCGCCAAAGAAGUGCCGCCCGUUGAUUUUGCGGGCUUUUGCGAUGUGCGGGAUGUCGCACUGGCCCACCUCAAGGCGUAUGAGCUCGAAGAAGCUGGAGGUCAGCGAUUUCUCACCGGGUCCCAUUUUGACUACCAAAUUGCGGUAGACUCUUUGAGGGCAGACUUCCCACAGAUUAGAGACCGCAUACCCGAAGGGACGCCGGGACAAUCAGAUCCAACGUACGAGAUCAACCAUAGCAGAGCGGAGAAGGUGCUGGGCAUCAAGUUCACACCGUUGAACAUGACAUUGAAAGACACGGUUGAAGACCUUCUCGCGGCGGAAGGCAAGUAG